CACCCGCUCCCCACGCGUCCCCCGCCCGGCUCUCCUCCCAGCCAGAGGGGGCGCUGCAGCCCCUCCUCUCUAUGGUCUCGCUGCUCCGAGCUGCUUCCUCUUCCGGGACGCUCCUCCUCUUCGGGCCUCAGCCGGGAAGAUGGUGAACGUCCCGAAAACCCGCCGGACCUAUUGCAAGAAGUGCGGCAAGCACCAGCCGCACAAAGUCACCCAGUACAAGAAGGGGAAGGACUCGCUCUACGCCCAGGGAAAAAGACGCUACGACAGGAAGCAGAGUGGCUAUGGGGGCCAGACAAAGCCCAUCUUCCGUAAGAAGGCUAAGACCACUAAGAAGAUUGUGCUGAGGCUGGAGUGCGUGGAGCCCAACUGCAGGUCCAAGAGGAUGCUGGCGAUUAAGAGGUGCAAGCACUUUGAACUGGGAGGAGACAAGAAGAGAAAGGGCCAGGUGAUCCAGUUUUAAGCUCCAUCUUACUCCUUAUGGACCAUAUUAAAGUAUUUGGAAGUGA